AUGAUUGUGAAUUCCUGGAGUGGCUCCAUUGAGAUUGGGGUGACAGCCUUGGACCCCAACCUUUUGGACUUCCCCAGCAGCGCCACAGGCCUGAAGGGUGGCUCCUGGAUCAUCUCCGGCUGCUCUGUGCUGCGGGAUGGGCGUUCCAUCUUGGAGGAGUACGGGCAAGACCUGGAUCAGCUGGGCGAGGGCGAUCGGGUGGGCAUCCAGCGCACGGCCAAUGGGGAGCUGCGGCUCUGGGUCAACGGGCAGGACUGCGGCGUGGCAGCGACUGGUAUCCCCCACCGUGUCUGGGCGGUCGUCGAUCUAUACGGCAAGUGCACCCAGAUCACAGUGGUGCCGAGCAGCGCGGAGGAGGCAGAAGAAGGAGCGCCACAGGAUGAAGUGCUGGACCUCCCUUGCAAUCAGAACCGGCCUGAUAAGUUCCCCAACAGUCUGGAGUCAGAGAAUGGCUUUUCCAGCAUGGAGCUCUCCGAGGUGGUGAGCAACGCCAUCUUGUCGGCCUACAACGGGAACCUGUUGAACGUCAGCCUGGGCAGCCCACCCUCGGACUCGGCCCCCUGCGGGGCCCCGCCCAUGACCUCCAACGACGCCCUCCUCUUCCACGAGAAGUGCGGGACCCUCAUCAAGCUCAGCAACAACAACAAGACGGCCGAGCGGCGGCGCCCCCUGGACGAGUUCAACAAUGGCGUCGUCAUGACCAACCGCCCGCUGCGCGACAACGAGAUGUUUGAGAUCCGAAUUGACAAGCUGGUGGACAAAUGGUCGGGAUCCAUAGAAAUCGGCGUGACCACGCACAACCCCAACAACCUGGAGUACCCGGCCACCAUGACUAACUUGCGCUCAGGAACCAUCAUGAUGAGCGGCUGCGGCAUCCUGACCAACGGCAAGGGGACGCGGAGGGAAUACUGCGAGUUCAGCUUGGACGAGCUGCAGAACUCUGCUCACACUUCCUCUCUGCUUCCGCAGGAGGGAGACCAUAUCGGUCUGACCCGGAAGUCCAACAAUGCCCUUCAUUUUUACAUCAAUGGUAUCGAUCAAGGUGUGGCCACCAACCUGACUCCCCUGGUGGUUUAUGGUGUGGUAGACCUUUAUGGCAUGGCUGUGAAGGUCACCAUCGUGCACAACCAUAACCACAGUGACCGCCUCCGGCGUAACAACGCCAUCAUGAGGGCCCUGUCGCCAGACGUGGGGCGCCGCGCCAUCGAUGCUGGGAGUGAGCCGGAGCCGGAGCGCCUGCUUUUCCACCCAAACUGUGGGCAGAAGGCCGCCAUCAUCAACGAGGGACGGACCGCUCUACGGCCCCAUGCCACAGAUGAUUUCAACCACGGAGUGGUCUUAAGCAACCGGCCGCUGCGCAACGGCGAGGUCUUCCAGGUGCGCAUUGACAAGAUGGUGGACAAGUGGGCAGGUUCCAUUGAGAUCGGCGUGACCACCCACAACCCCACUUACCUGCAGCUGCCUUCCACCAUGACCAACUUGCGGUCAGGCACCUGGAUGAUGACGGGGAACGGGGUGAUGCACAAUGGGACGACCAUCUUGGAUGAAUACGGACACAACCUGGACCGCCUGAAGGCAGGUGACACAGUGGGUGUCGUGCGCAAAGAGGACGGGACGCUGCACUUCUUCGUCAACGGGGUGGCACAGGGUCCUGCCGCAUGGAAUGUCCCACCAAACAUCUACGCUGUCGUGGACCUGUACGGGCAAGCGGCCCAGGCGACCAUAGCUGAUGACACAGAUCUUCUCCCUCUUCCGGAUGACCUGUCGGAAGGGAACAACCAGCUGUCUCCCAGCAGCCCGUCCUCCGUCGCUUCGGGGAGCGACCUGCGCUUCCACCACCUCCACGGCAACAACGCGGUCAUCACCAAUGGGGGGCGGACGGCGCUGCGCCAGAAUUGCCGUAGCGAAUUCAACGAUGCCAUCGUCAUCUCCAACCGGCCGCUCCGAGAUGGGGAAUUGUUUGAAAUCGCAAUUCAGAAGAUGGUAGAUCGCUGGUCGGGCUCCAUUGAAGCAGGUGUCACUGCCAUCCGUCCAGAGGACCUGGAGUUCCCCAACACCAUGACGGACAUUGACUAUGACACGUGGAUGCUGAGCGGCACAGCCAUCAUGCAGGACGGCAACACCAUGCGCAACAAUUACGGCUGCGACUUGGACUCGCUGACUACCGGGUCGCGCAUUGGCAUGAUGCGCACCGCCAAGGGCGACUUGCACUACUUCAUCAAUGGUGUCGACCAGGGCGUGGCCUGCUCGGGGCUGCCUCCAGGGAAGGAGGUCUACGCUGUGAUAGAUUUGUAUGGCCAGUGUGUCCAGGUGUCCAUCACGAGCGCCACCGGACCCAUGGACAACAGCCUGUCCACCAGCAACAUCACUGAGAAGUCCUUCCCCAUCCAUUCGCCAGUGCCCGGAGUGGCCCACCGCUUUCACGGCAGCUGUGGCAAGAACGUGGCCUUCCAGGACGACGGGUGUCGGGCCGUGCGCGUGGCCGGGUACUGUCACGGCAUCGUUUUUAGCAUGAAAGAGCUGAAGACGGAUGAGGUCUUCGAGGUGAAAAUUGACGAACUGGAUGAGAAGUGGUCCGGCUCGGUUCACGUGGGGUUGACCACCUUCCUGCCGUUGGACGCCCCUUACGCGGUCACUGGGCUGCCCUCCACCGUCCUCGAACUCCGUUCCAAGGUGACCUGGCUGGUGACGGGUACCGAGGUGCGGCGCAACGGCAUCCUGCAGAAGCAUAACUAUGGCUGCUCACUAGAGCGCCUUGGGGUGGGGAGCCGCAUAGGUGUGAAGCGCUGUACUGACGACACCAUGCACAUCUUGAUCGACGGAGAAGACAUGGGGCCUGCAGCAACUGGGGUGGCUAAGAAUGUCUACGUGGUGCUGGAUCUCUACGGCCGGGUCACGUCGGUCUCCAUCGUGAGCUCCAGCACGCUGGAAGAGGCGGAUGGCACCAAACCUCCCUCGGUCACUUCAGAGCCCUUCAGUGAAGAGGAGGAGGAGGAGGAAGCUAUACCAUGUGAGAACGAGGUCCCCGCGGUGACGUCCUCCAUGCAGUUCCUCGAGAACCACGGCAAGAACAUCCUGCUGUCCAACGGCAACCUGACGGCCACCCGCGUCUCCAGCUACAACCAGGGCAUCGUGGUGGUCGCUCAACCCCUCCCUCCGCAGCAGCUCUUCCAGUUUCAGAUCGAUUCCCUGAACCCACAGUGGACUUCCUCGCUCUCUCUGGGGGUCAUCGGCAGCUCUCCCGAGCGGCUCAAUUUCCCCGCCACGGCCUGCUCCCUGAAGCGCUCCACGUGGCUGCUGCAGCGUGACUCGGUCUUCCACAACUCCCUCAAGAUCGUUGAGAACUACGGUCCCAACUUGGACACCUGCCCCGAAGGGACGGUGCUGGGCCUCCUGGUGGACUCCAGCAGCUGCCUCCACCUCUACGUCAACGGGAUGGACCGGGGAGUGGCCGCGCAAGACAUCCCCAGCCCCUGCUACGUCUUCAUCGAUCUCUAUGGGCAGUGUGAACAGGUUACCAUUGUCACGAACGGCACUCCUGCAGUGGGAGCGGAAGGCGCCGACCCCCGUAGCCAGGGGGACAUGGAGAAGGCAGACGUGGUGGACGGUAUCAAGGAGAGUGUGUGCUGGACACCCCCCGUAGACCUGAAUACCAUGAAGACCUGUGAAUACCACGCCCUGUGUGCUCGCUUCAAGGACCUCCUCCUCCUGCCAGACGACUAUUUUGUGGAAGAUCCGAAGUACAGCCUCUGCUAUUGCGAGUCCUGCCACAAGCUCCGGGGUGAUGAAGCGUACUACAAGCGUGGGGAGCCGCCUCGAGAUUACGCCCUGCCUUUCGGGUGGUGCCGCUUCAGCCUCAGAAUCAAUCCCCGGCUGGAGGUAGCCAGUACCUCUAAGAAGUGGCACAUGGCCUAUCACGGAACGAGCCUCGGGGCAGUACGCCGCACGUUGGAUCAAGGGGAGCUGGUGCCAGGGAGCACGUCCAUCCUGAGCUGCCGCCCAGUCAAGGCAGACCCGCAGGGCAGUGGUGGUGGAGGAGGAGGAGGAGGAGGCGGCAGCGGGGGCAGCAGCGGAGGGUACCGUGAGGCCGAGGAGAACAGCUCCCCCAGCCGCGAGGAUCUCCUGCGCAUCCUGCUGUCACCCACCCUGCGCUACGCCGGGCUGGAGGCGUUUGCCACCAAAGUGCAAUUUAAAGACCCAAAGUCCCAUCGGCAGCACGCGGCUCAGGUGGCCUUCCAGGUGUGCGUGCGCCCCGGCUCCUACAAAGUGUGCCCCCAGACCCUGGCCGUCCCGGAGCCGUUGGACCCCCGCUUCAGCAGUGCCGAGAUCGAGUGGGUCACCAAGGAGAAGGGGGCGACGGUCUUGCAUGGGCUGCUGAUCCGCGUGGAGUGAGACGGCCUCCCUCCCCCACCCCCGUCCACGGGAGGGGGGGCUUGAUCCGACGCCACAGCACGCAGGGAGGGGUGGCUCUCACCGAGUGAGCCCCCCCCCCCCGCUCCU